AUGGACCCACCACAGAACCAACCCCAUGGCGGUAGUAGCAGCAGCAGUGGACGUACCGGAGCCAACAACUCCAACUCCAACCCCACCACCUACACCAACAACGGAGGUGGUGAUGGUGUAAACAGGCGGCAACCAAAAGUCGAUGUCUACAUCCCGCGUCACCGUCGAGGACCCAGCGACGAUGCCUCCAACUCUCUCCUCCCUUCGGAAUCAACCGACUCUCGACAGAGCUCGACUGCCUCAUCACCUCGGAAUACUUUGACGACUACUCGCAGCAAUAGCAACUAUAGUCAAAACGAUGGGUUUGAGGACUCGUCUUCGUCUUCCAGGUCGGGCAACAAUUCGUCGAGUAGUGGUGAUGUCCAGCGGCGUGGUCGAGGAAAGUUUAUGGGACCUGGAGCAAGCGGCGGUAGCUCUAGUGGUUCAAAGACGAACGGCGGAAAUGGUGGCUCUAGGGGCAACGGCGGUCGGGACCGGGACUACAGAAGCAGCGGACUUAAUGGCAAUAACGGGCCAAGCAGGAACAACAACAGCAGCAACAAGACCAGUGGAUACGGCUCUGCAUCAACCUCCUCACCAUCACCACAACAGCCAUCCCCGACAGCAACAGCACAGGCACCACCAGCAGCGCGGCAUCCACCGCGAGGUCGUGAUUUCGAUGCAACCGUCCUCAGACGCUACAGCGAUGAUGAGAACAGACCCAAUUCGUCCUUUUCACGAUCAAGCAGUUACACAUCCAUUCGAUCUAGCAACAACAACAAUCAGUUAUCUUCUACGUCAACAUAUUCGAGAUCAACUGGACGCACGCAGGACUCUAAUGCCGCAGCACCAAAGAGACCUGACCGUUCGGAUGAAGGAUCCUGGAGGAGAGAAGUGCCCAAGUCAAUCGAAACCACUGCAACGACUGUAACUUCAGGAACAGCCGAAGGCAAGGAUGAGGAAUCGGACCUGGCUGCUCAAUUUGAGCGCGUCCGUCUGUCGACAUCAGCCUCGGCCUCGAGAUCUGGAUCACCCGACGGCACCGAAGGUACGGAUGAGCCUGAGGAAUGGGAAUUGGCCCUUGAGAAUUCGGAUGAUGAUGGUAUCCCUGCCGCACCUAAGGAUACCCGCAGACACCCAGCAGAGGCUUUGCUCGCCUCCCCAAGCUCUACUCCAUCCAAGAUUGGGAACUGGUCUGAAGCAGUAUCGAGUGACGACAUGUACAUUUUGGAGCUGUACGACUUUUCAGCGUCGAUUAAGACUGCACAUUUGACGGACAUGUUUGCUGCAUACGAGAACCGAUCGGGAGGCUUCAGGAUCAAAUGGGUCGAUGAAACCAAAGCCCUAGUCAUCUUUGAAUCUGCCGCCGUCGCGAAACAAGCACAUAUCGCCAAUUUGACGAACCAGAUUGCAAAGAUCAAGCCAUACAAUGGACCGGACAGGGACAGUAUUCGGAAUGCUGGAAACCCUUCAAGUGGCGCAUACAAUGGAGUUCGACCCGCCAAGACUGACUCUGUUGCGCGACGACUUGUCCAGGGUGCAUUGGGUUUGAGAGUCAGACGAACACCUGAGCAGAUCGCUGAAGAGAAGGCCCAGAUCCAGGCCGCCAAAGAUGCUCGUGAGGCACAGCGUCAGGAAGAACGACGACAGCGCGAGGAAGACGAGCGGCAACGUCAGGCGAUGGAUGACGUCUUCAACUCUUGA